UUCUAUGUUUGAUAGAGCUGGGCGUGGGCUCGACACUCCUCAUCCCCUCUGCUCUCUGUGGAAGCACAUUGUUCAACGCGGGCUCGUUUUACCCAGAACCAAUGAAUGCCUUGGUGCAUUACAGCUACUGAAAAUUAAACACGUUAUCAGACAGAAUAAGGUGCAUAUGCUAACGACGGCGGGAAGCGGACCAAGAACAAUUCCUUCUGAUUAACGUUAACGUUACAGCUGAGAGGCAAUAGAGUUGAAAUAUUUUUUUUUUCUUCUUCUUCACCGGUAGACGAAACGUCGCUCUUGUCGCUAAUUAGACCUCUGCUUGUUCAGCGGUGUGUGUGUGUGGUGACCAGCGUCGGCAAAGAUGACGGAGUAUAAGCUGGUGGUGGUGGGAGCUGGAGGUGUGGGCAAGAGUGCACUUACCAUCCAGCUUAUCCAGAACCACUUUGUGGAUGAAUAUGACCCCACCAUAGAGGACUCGUACAGAAAACAGGUUGUGAUUGACGGGGAAACCUGCCUGCUGGACAUCCUGGAUACUGCAGGUCAAGAGGAGUACAGCGCCAUGAGGGAUCAGUACAUGAGAACAGGGGAGGGUUUCCUCUGUGUCUUCGCCAUCAACAACACCAAGUCUUUUGAGGACAUUCACCAGUACAGAGAACAGAUUAAACGUGUGAAGGACUCGGACGAUGUUCCCAUGGUGCUUGUGGGAAACAAAUGUGACCUCCCGGCACGCACGGUGGACACAAGGCAAGCCCAAGAACUCGCCCGCUCUUACGGCAUCCCAUACAUCGAGACCUCUGCCAAAACACGUCAGGGAGUAGAGGAUGCCUUCUACACGCUGGUUCGGGAGAUCAGACAGCAUAAGCUGAGGAAGCUGAACCCACCUGAUGAGAGCGGUCAGGACUGUAUGAGCUGUCGCUGUGUGGUAUCGUGAUGCAGCUGAGUGUUGCACGUUGAGGAAAAAUGCUACAGAGCGUAGUGACAGCAUGGACUUAAAGGUAGAAAGAUAAAAUGACUCAAUGAUGAAAUAUAAACUUUUUCAAAAAGAGGAGGAUUGAAGCAAAAGCUCUCAAGGAAACCACCAGAGCUGACUGAACCAUAGACCUUCAUGGAACGGAGGAGGUUUGGACUGUUGCCUAAGUGGCUACCUGAAAUAGCCCAGUCCGGUCCCUUUUUUUGGUCCACACGUCGACCUGUGAGCAACACCACUAAGGACUCCCUGUCAACUCCAGUGUGGUCUCGCUGGGUAGCUCAACAAGUUUCCUGCUAACUUAUUGUUUUCAGUCUCAACACUGGUCUUAAAGGGGGUGUUUCUGACCUCCUCCCACCUUGAAAGCCUACUUCCACCCCCACCGCCUGCCCACUGGAAGGACUGACUGACUUAAAUGGAAAGACUGGAAUGGACGUUUAGUUGCCCCAACACGUCUUAUAAAUAACCCCCAAUCCCACUCUACCUGCCUUUGGUUUCCCCUGAAUGGCUGUGUGCUUCGUUAUACUGGAUACAGGGGGUGGAGGCUGACAUGGGAAUGACUAUAAUUUGUUGUUGUUGUUGUUGUUUGUAACAGUUAGCCUAGCUGUACAAAAUCUUUGAUUUUGAUGUGGAACAUUUUAUUGUUGAUUGCCGAAUUUGAAAGUCAAAGAGCAAAAUGUGAGCAAGGAUUUCUUAUAGAUGGCACCUGGUUUUGACAUUUUUCAUGACCUGCCUGACAUAGUUGGAAGUCCUUCUGGGAUAAAAAUGUUGAAUGGAGAAUAUACAGAUUGAUGAAUAUCCAGAUUAUGGUUGCCUUCUCUCCUUACAGAUGUUUUCUUUGCUAUAGUAAGCGUUGUCUUUGUGGAAUAAUAAUAAUAAUAAUAGUAACAGCUAGUGUACGUAGGUUCUGGUGCAAUAGGAUUUUUUAGUAUUGGGAAUAAUCCACCUCUCAUUGCUACUUGUUUUUUUUUUUUGUCAAGGAUGGAGGGGUACUGUGCAUGGAAAUGUAGUUGUCUUCUCUCUAGUUGCUAAAGCUGGAGAGGUGGCCUGUAGAAAUGGGAGAAAACCUCUGCACUUGUACAGUUAAACAAUGACUGGUUAUGGUUUUAGACUAAAUGACAACCAGGUUUUUUUUUUUUUUUUUGCAUUUUAUUUCAAUAAAUGUUUACUAUACGACUCUUAUUUACUACAUUGUGAUAACACAAUUUUUUUUUUUUUGAUUGCCAAGAAUCACUCCUUGUGGAUUGUAAGGCUCAGGAAUCAGGGUCCAGGAAAGUCUCAGCUGCCAGUCCUGGAAGGAUGUCACCAGUUAGCUUUGCAGAGUGUAACACUCUGCCAGUCCAGCCUCAGAGUCAAACUUUGUUUUUUCCACACACACACCAUACUAUCCUCAAACUGCUUCUCUUUCUCUGCCACCUCAGCUCUUCAGCGGAACAAUAACAGGUCAGGUGCUAACCACAUCAGAAUCAUAUUUACUGUAUAUGUUUGCUAGGCGAGGGGUUUUGGGAGUGCAUUGCUUUGUUUCCUAAUACCGACUAGCUUGUGCUCUCCACGGCUGCAUUCAUUUGCUGCCUAAAUGGAAAAAAGACUGCUGUGUUUACUUUGCCUUAUCUGUUAGCUAGUUUGUACCUCAUGUAUGCAGCGAGCUCUACCUGAGAAUUAUGUUUUCUGUUGGCUGCAUUGUUUGUUUGACUUUGUGUGCAACUAAAAUCAAUAUAGAAGUUUAGACAUGCGUUGUAGAGCAUUUGAAAGACGAGGAAAGUCCCUGGACACUACAUUGAUUAAAGGGGGGGAGGGGCAAGUUGUCUAGCUCUGAUGUUCUCAUGUUCCAUUCCCAAUACAUUUGAACAUGUGAUGGUAAUUACUAGAUAUUGUAACUUUAAAUCCAGAUUGUACUUAAAUAAUUCAGAGAAUUGGACGUGCGUGAUAAUGCAUGGACUUCCAGACACUACAGGCCGGUUUGGGCAACAAGCUGUAGAUUCAGACCUCCGACAUCUCAGGCCACUUCUAUGAAAGACGUCAAAUUUAAAUUUGCCUUUGUUUCCUUUCAAGGUAAACAAAAUGUUGAUUUCUGACCUAAUUGAUUUUGUACAGUUAAGCAACCCUUUUCACUCAAAACACGGCUUAAAGAAAUAUGAUCAGUCUAGUUACUGUGUGGAUGGUAGUGGUCAAGUUUUUUUUUUAUCAAUUAAGUGUUCGUUUCUCUGCUUGGACGAAGGAAAUGAACUGUGAAUGUGUUCUACUCUAGAAAUGUUUUGAAAGAAGCCUUGUGUUUUAGAAUGUACAACAAGCAGGAGUUGAUCCUCAGUCCCACUUUUGGCUGUGUUCCUAACUUUUUAUUUUUCACCCAUUGUACUCAAACCUUUUUAAUGGAAAAAAGAAAAAAAAAAAAGAGUGUGACGUUUAACCUGUAAUUACAGUCCUGAUGGUAUGCUUGUCCUCUCCCUGUCAAUCUUUAAACUGUACAUCCAUGAUGAUAAUACAUAGAAUUUCACAAAUCUAUGUAUUCAAAUUCCCAUGUUAUUAGAAUAUCAGCGUCAUGUUUGCCAAAGGGAAACUCCAGCCAGCGAACCACAAGUAUACAUGUCAGAAAACCUGGCGAGCAUGACGAAGACCGUACGGACCAUUGGGGGUUUUGCACAAGGAAUACAGUGGGCUCAAGGGCUUGUUUCUCCCUUGCAAACUGUGGAUGGAGGCGUGGAAGGAAUUUGUGAAAAUGUCAACUGUUCAGCUAUUUAAGAUGUAUUUACUCUUUGAAAAUGUGGCAAAUGUAUUGCGGGACAGGAAUAAAGAUGUCAAGAU